AUGGCACCGGUCGCAACCAACGAAGAAAAGCCACAAGAACGAAACACCGCUGCCUUGAAGGCCGCUACUCCAAAGGUCUUCAACCCAUUUUAUUCUCCUCCCAGUACAGAGUCGGCCGAUGGGGAUUAUCCACAUGCAGAUCUCAAGCCCUAUUUUCCAAACGUCUCAUGGGAACCUCUGAAAGAGUUUGAGGUCGUCGACAGAGGCCUCUUUGCAGACCCCGAAAAGAAAAGCUUGUUUAGUGCCGCGACCAAAGUCAAGCAUUUGACCCCCGCCAUUGGGACAGAAAUUGAGGGAAUUGAUUUGAGACAGCUCUCUGACUCACAGAAAGAUGAACUGGCUCUUCUCGUCGCCGAACGGGUUGUCGUCUUUUUCCGCGAUCAAGAAAUUAAUAUUCACGAACAGCUUGAACUUGCACGUCAUUUCGGCCCUCUUCAUAAGCAUGCUACUACACCCAUUCCUCGAAACGGUCUCGAAGAAGUUCAUGUCGUCUAUAAUGACGCCAGUCGUCGACCGGAUCCUACAUCAUUUUCCAAAUUAGAAUUGUGGCAUUCUGAUGUGACCUACGAGCUUCAACCUCCUAGCACCACUUCCUUGAAAGUUAUCACUGGUCCUGAAGUUGGCGGCGACACUCUAUGGAGCUCGGGUUAUGCCCUGUAUUCUUCACUGAGCCCAGGGUUCCAAAAAUAUCUGGAAGGCCUCUAUGCUGUACACAGUGCUACUGCCCAGGCCGAUGGAAAUAGAGCAGCUGGGCUCCCUGUUCGUCGACAGGAAAUCGAUACUGUUCAUCCUGUUGUCCGUGUGCACCCUGUAACAGGCUGGAAGAGCGUAUAUGUCAACCCUGGGUUCACACGAAGAAUUGUUGGUGUCCCCAAGGCAGAAUCAGACGCCAUCCUCAAUCUCCUAUUCCGACAAAUCAGUGAAAACCCUGACUUCCAAGUCCGCUUCAAAUGGGAGGUUAACUCAGUCGCUUUCUGGGACAACAGGGUUGCGACUCAUUCAGCGACAUUCGACUUUUGGCCUGCUACCCGUCAUGCCCUGCGCGCCACACCGCAUGGCGAGAGGCCCAUAUCGGUCGAAGACUACGAGCGAACGACAGGAAAAGAAGCCAAGGACAGGCAAAUAGAAAUAUGGAAGCAGCAGGGAAUCACAGUUGAAUUGAACACGAAGCCCAAAUCCGCAAAGGCACGAGGCUACAACGACUGA